UCAAAAUCAUUAUGGAAGGCACAAGUCAGCUCCCUACUACUGCUCCUACAAAGGUCACCAAAAAUCAAAAGUCUCAAAAUUGACUGAAAAGACCAGCUAGCGCCCAGAUCAUGUCAUCUAGAGGCUUCUCAGACUUGACUGGAAGUCAAGAGGAAAGCCUGAAAGGUGUUAUGAGUCAAAUUUUGGAGAAGAGGAUAGCAGAGGAAACAGCACUUGACGUGAUUGUGAGAUUGGUAAGUGAAACGUGAGUAAAGAAGGAGGAGUUGGAAGAGGGGCUUGAAGAGACAGUAACCCUUCAAAAAUUCACUGAGCUGGAAUUCAACCUGAAACGCUUGAUCACAACGGUAAACACUGACUCAAUCCAAAUAACCAUGCUCGAGAACCGCCAGAAAAACCUCGAGUUCGAACUUGACACCCUCAAAAACAAACUAUCUCAUAAAGCUGAACAAAGAGAGACCGAGAGGAUUGAAGAUAAGUUCAUCACUUAUACUCCUAUCUCUAAAUUCAUUUCCCUCGAAAACAAACUGAAGAACUACGCUGAAGACAAAAAGGUAGCUGAACUCCAACAAAAAGUCGACCACAUAGACCAAGAUCUCACAACUAAAGCUACUAUAGAAGGAUCUCGUGCUGAUCUGGACCAGCUCAAGUCAGAUAUAGCAUGUGUUAUUCAGAAAUUAGCCACAAAGGAAGACCUUAAGUACGAAAUACAGGUGCAGAACGCCAAGCUGAAAGCUUACAUCAAGAGUCAGGAGAAAUAACAGGAAUUUCAAAGAGCUUAAGGAAAAGGUGCUGUAUUUUCACCAGAAAUUGGCUAACUACCCUACAAUCACUGAUAUGAACAAAUAAGGUCAAAGAAGUGUGGAAGCAUUUUGAUAAGUUCUGCAGUUAUGACCAUAUUAUCAACUUCAGAGCUGAAAUGGAACCCAGGAUCAACACUUGUGAGACCUGUGUACAAGAGUUUGGGGAGGAGUUAAGUAAGAAUAAGGAGAUACUUCAGAGAUUUGAUGAAGUUCUCCUCGAAAAAGCACCUAAAUUUGCCAUUCAAGAGAUAUAUUCUCAGUUGGAACAGUAUACCACACUUUCAAAACUUGGCCAAGCGGUUGAAAGGGUUGAAGAUGUUAUAAGAAACAAAGAGCUUGAUUUAAAACUCAAAAUUCAAGAGCUGCAGGAUGUCACUGAAAAAAUUCAAACUAAUUUUUCUACAAAUAUUGGGAAAAUUGCUAUAAGUGUGGAAAAUAGAGUCAUCCAUCAGAUAAAGAGAAGCUUUAUAGAUAGAGAGGAACUAAAUUCCUGACUCAAGCUAAAAGCGCAAAAGGAAGACUUGAAAAAUCUUGAGGCUACCAAGUCAGACAAGAUUGUUACGAAUGAAAACAUUGUUGCUCUGAAUCUUUUAUUCAAGCAACUAGAGUUAUCAGUGAUUCUCACUGUAGAAUGCUUAAAAUAACCUAUUACCUGAUCCUCCUAGGAGUGAUCACUUGAUUCACAAAAGAUGCGACUUUCUCUUUAAACAGGCGAACUCUUUAUUAAAAUGGAUAAAUUUAAAGACUCCUGACCAGGAGAGUGAAAAUUUAUUACGUAAAGAAUUAGAAAAAGCUCCAUAUCCUUUUGAAACCGAAUCAAUAAUCCCAAGCAAAAACACAGAAAUUAUCAAUCAAGGGAAUCAGAACAAUGAUUUUGACAUCUCAUCCUUCUGAUAUCCUAAGAAAGAGGCUCAGGGCUCUACUUAUUUCAAGCUAGAUGAGAGAGUAAAAUCAAAACUUGCAAAAUUUGCACGAGGAUACACCACUCAGAAAAAUUAUCCAAAACCAAAAGAAAAUGCUGAUAACUCUUUUAGAUCCCUUUUUAUUAAUCAAUCAAUAGUUGACAGUAAACUAAAAGUGAGAGAGUCAGAAGAGAGCUUUAAUUUCAAGACGAAAAGAAGCUCACAAUGCCAUACUCGUGAGAAAUUCAGUUCGCUUGAUCGGUCAAAUCCAAUAAACAACAUUCAAAAACUUUACGAUGGUUGUAAAACUCCUGUACCGAGUCACGCUCGUAUAAACCUCCAUUCAACUCAGCAUGCCAUAGAAUUUUCCAAGGCUCCGCCUUGAACGAUUCUAAAAGUUCCUUCUUGAGUGUCCAAAAGCAGGAAGUAUAAAAAGACUAUCUCAGGGACUGACAAAAAUAUCAGAAUUAAGCAUUCAAAAUUCUAA